AUGCAGGGCCAGGCGUACAGCCGCCUGGGCAGCUUCGGCGGGUCCGCGGGCACGCCGUCCCCUCCCCCGCCGCCGUCCCCGGCGCGGGGCGGGGGGAGGCGGACGCCGGGGAAGGGGCCCUCCUCCGCGAGGGGAUCCCACGAAGCCGCCGCCGCCGCCGCCGCGGCGGGGGUCGUCGGGUGGGGCGCCGCGGCGAGGCGGGCGGCGUGGGCGCUGCUCGCGGCGCUGCUGCGGAGGCAGGCCGUGUUCCUCUUCGCGCCGCUGCUCUACGUCGCCGCCAUGCUGCUCUACAUGGGCUCCCUCCCGCUCGACGUCGUGCCGCGGAUCAUCACGCGCUCCGCGCCGGGCUCCGUCUACCGCAGCCCGCAGCUCUACGCGCGCCUCCGCGCCGACAUGGACGCCGACAACUCCACCGACGCGCUAGCAACUGUAUGGAGGCAAACUUACAAAGGUGGUGCCUGGCGACCUUGCAUAAGCAACGUGACAAACAGUUUGCCUGAAUCAAAUGGUUAUAUAUAUGUGGAGGCAAAUGGUGGUUUGAAUCAGCAGAGGACAUCAAUAUGCAACGCUGUUGCUAUUGCAGGUUUUUUAAAUGCUACUCUUAUUAUCCCGAAUUUCCAUUUCCACAGCAUCUGGAAGGAUCCAAGCAAAUUCAGUGAUAUUUAUGAUGAAAACCACUUUGUAAAGCGUUUACAAAAUGAUGUCCGGAUAGUUGACAAAGCGCCUGACUUUAUAAUGGAGCGUUUUGGUCACAAUAUAACCAAUGUAUUCAAUUUCAAGAUAAAAGCUUGGUCUCCUAUUAAAUACUACAAAGAUGUUGUUCUUCCGAAGUUGGUUGAAGAAAGAUUCAUCAGGAUUUCUCCUUUUGCAAAUCGACUCUCUUUUGAUGCCCCACCUGUUGUUCAACGGUUGAGAUGCUUGGCGAAUUUUGAAGCCCUGAAAUUUGCAAACCCGAUUGCUUCUUUAUCUGAGACCUUAAUUUCUCGAAUGAGAGCAAAAAGUGCUGAAAGCAAUGGGAAAUAUAUCGCAGUGCAUCUUCGUUUUGAGGAGGAUAUGGUUGCCUUCUCAUGUUGUGUGUAUGAUGGGGGUGACGAGGAGAAAAGGGAAAUGGACACGGCCAGAGAAAUAGGUUGGAAAGGGAAGUUUACAAAGAGAGGGCGGGUAAUAAGGCCAGGAGUUAUAAGAAUGAAUGGGAAAUGCCCACUUACACCUUUGGAGGUUGGAUUAAUGCUUCGUGGAAUGGGUUUCAACAAUAAGACCGCAAUUUUCUUGGCAUCCGGAAAGAUUUACAGAUCAGAGAAAACAAUGGCUCCUCUUCUUGAAAUGUUUCCUCUUUUACAGACGAAAGAAACACUAGCAUCAGAUGAGGAACUUGCUCCAUUCAAGGACUUCUCCUCAAGGAUGGCUGCAAUCGAUUAUAGUGUUUGUGCCUAUAGUGAAGUUUUUGUGACCACACAAGGUGGAAAUUUCCCUCAUUUUCUUAUGGGACACAGAAGAUACUUGUAUGGUGGACAUUCAAAGACAAUUAAGCCAGACAAAAGAAGGCUGGCCAUACUCUUUGAUAAUCCACGUAUCGGAUGGAAGUCAUUGAAACGGCACUUGCUCAAUAUGAGAGCCCACAGCGAUGCUAAAGGGGUUGAGAUGAAAAGACCAAAUGAAUCAAUAUACACCUUUCCAUGUCCUGACUGCAUGUGCCGCGUGAACAGAACAGCACAUUCGAAACCCAUACACGCUAGAUAGCGUUGGCACUUUAAACUAACCUAUUUUUCUGGCAUGCUGUAUGAUUUGUUCAUCCUCGUGUACUGUGCGGUGGCGAUUCAACUUCGCCUGCAAGCAUACCUGACAGGGUGUUGUACAUCGUCUUAUGUUCUCCCUAGGGUGGCUUUUUUCCUUGUAUGUGCCAACAAGGAUGCCACAAAUUGCAUAGUCUUAGACAAUCCAGCUGCUAACAAUACAAUGAUUCGAUCUAAUACACACCAGUAGAUGUAUCUGACACCUACAGGGCUCCUAUCUAGCGUCACUUAAUCAUUUAGUGUUCUAGUGCGGUAGUGCCCCUUGUACAUGGCUCAUUAGAAUUUUGUUAUCAGGCAGAAAUUUUGAUGCGAGGCAGACAUUGUAAAUUUUAUUCUUAAUUCUUGUUCAUCUUGCUCUAGAGAUGGGCAAUGUUUCUAUCCUUUAAA